GCACACUGUCCACUUAUCAAAUUCCUAAAGGCGAUGGCAUUAGAGUAGAUGAUGGCUUUGACGAAGGCAUGGAAAUUCCAAUCUACUACGAUCCAAUGAUUGCCAAAUUAGUAGUGCAUGCUGCCAACAGAGAUGCUGCCAUAGAAAAAACCAUUUGGGCAAUUGACAAUUACCAUAUUGAA